AUGUGUGUCACGAGCAUCGGCCGGCCACUUGGGCGGCCUCCAAUACACGCGAAUCACCGAGGCCAGGUCAAUGACGCUCAGUCUCUGUAUGGUGCUCGGAAAAGUCGCGUCUCGACGCAUCGUGGCUUGCGUGUCACGAUGGAAACAGAUCCUUCACCGACGACACAGAGCCAACGAACGGUUCCAGGCCCUUCCCGGUAUUUUCCUAACAACAGGGUAUCGGGACAUGCAAAUACCACCUCAGCCAUGUGGUUGGAUGCGUCAAACUCCCCAACUGCGUUGUCUGCGUCCGAAGACCCCACCAUCCCCCCACCAAGAGCACAUUCACACGUCUUCUCCGAGUUAAGCGUCCCCGAUUUCGACUUCGGAGAUCUGGACGACAUGGCAGAAUACCUGAACAGGGAUCUUCACGAGUCGACGGGCGACGUAGACGAUAGGGUCUCUGGUCGGAGCGGGAUCGCCACGCCCAGUACAUCAAGCGCCGGCGACACGGGCGUUUACGUCGUGGGCCUCCUCGGCAGCAUUUCUCAUCAACUGGCGGAGCUUAAAGACCAAUCCUGGGAAUCGUGGAAUCCGCAUCUGACGAGAAAUGACUUUCAUGACAGCAAAGAUCUGGAUUCGACAGGGGGCCGAGAUCUCAGCAUUUGGAAUCGUGUUUUGAACGUAACCAUGCGAUUUGCAACCGUUUUGCAGACGGUGCCUUCGGCCCCGCCACCAGCGCUCUCGUUGAACUUGAUGCUUCUGUCAACGUACGUUCAGCUUGGGGAGCUUUUCGAGAUCGUCUUCACUCGCAUGAGCAACUGUUUACGCGAAGGGUCUGGACCUGGCGCAUCGGCUGCGGCUACCGCUCAGUUUUUGACGCAGCCAACAAGCAUCCAGCUCAUGAUGAUGACCCAGGUUUUCGAGUACCAAAUGCACACUGUGGAGAGAUUGAUGGGUCUCCCUACAGAAUACCGAAUUUGGGAUCACCGAGAUGGCGCCAUUGAUGCGGAGGUUGGCAUUCUUAGCCAGAAGAGCACGUCCGAAAUCGUUUGGGCAGUAAUGGGACAGACGCGAGAAACAUUUCAGACUAUCAGACAAACAAUUAAUCGUAUCAAAGGCUCUACUAUAUAG